AUUGCAGGCCAAUUGUGUGGGAUUUCUGUGACGAGGAAAACUUCAUAGAUUAAAGCAGAGGUGGCAGGGGGUUAUAAAACAUAGUUCUAUGUGAAGAGCGGUUUAGUAAAUAACAGUGAAAUUGAUAUUUGACAGUACCAUCGCAAAAAUCUACGGGGAAGUGGUUUAUGCAACUUUCAAGAGAUCCUUGGCUGGAUGAAGAAUUAGGGAAAGUUAUGUACGACAGACUGGUAUUAUCAAUACAGAGCAGCUUCUGUAAUUUUGGAAACUUUCAAAGUUUUACCCCCCCCCCCCCCCGAGAAAACCUGUAGUUAAAGAAGCAGUAUAUUAGCAGCAGCUGGAAGGAGGGGAUGUUUUGAGCGUUGAGUUCGACAUUUUUUUUUCCUUCGGCUACUUAGGAACCCGGGAAAUGAUGGAGUUUAAAUGCUAUGUAACUCUUAGACAAAAAAGUUGUUAGUCUCUGUGUACUAGUUAGGAUUUUUUUGCACUCUGUUCCUUCGCUAACGGGAUGGUUGCGAGGCGUGAGGGAGCGUAUUACUCUGCUCAUGUGGAAAUGUCAACGUACAACUGUACUGCUAUUGGAACGGAUCCCCACGUAAAUUCGAUUUUCUGUCAACGUUAUUGGGAUUUUCUUGCGGAAUAAUUCCGCUCCUCUGGAUGUUUUGAAGGUUUCUCUGCUGUGACAACCCUUUUCAUUCAAAGGACCAACAUCUGGAAACAAAAAUGAAAAAUUGGUGUGUACGGAAAAAUUACAAGGACUUGACGUGAAUUUACUGUACCGCGAAUUUCUUCAGAGUUGUUGCCAAACGUGCGUCGUGAAACUUUUUAGUUUUAAGUUGACAUAUAAAUUAUAUUAAGUAAUUAAAUUGACUCUUUCAGCACACGCGUGUUGGAAUCGAAUUUUUAUAGUUAGGCGGAAUGUCUUCGUUCUUGGAGCCAAAUAUUAAACAAGCUUUAAUGAAAACCCUACCAGAAAGGAUUCAGCAGGACUUUGACGUUAUUUAUUCUUACCUCAGUGAGAUGGAUAUAAUAUCAUACAUCAGGAAAUCACAGCUAAGAUUAAUGUCUAAAACUGCACGUUAUGAAAAGUAUAUCGCUGGUGAUAUAUUGUUUUGCCGUGACAGCAUUGCUUCAUGUUGGUAUAUUCUACUUUCUGGUUCUGUCCUCAUAAAAGAUUCAAUCUAUUUACCACGUUGCAGGUAUUGUAUGCUUUUUGUGACUUGAUCCUGUUUUACUCAUUUGACUUUUACUUGGUACAAAUUACGUAUACCUAAAAGUGAUGAAUAAGUGUGAGCACAGCCACUGUGUAUAAAGAGCAGGGUUGCCAGAUUUCCAACCAGCCAGGUAGGGACAAAAAAAAAAAGGUCUUUCACAGCAAGUGAAGAC